AUGAUGCCGGCAAUUCCACCGGAGAGGAGCAUUUCUAUGUUCGGCAAAAAAGAUCCAAUGCCGAAGCACAUAUCCCUCAGGCAGCAGAUCAACGAAGACGAAAAGCUGUCGGCCCUGAUGACAGCAAUCAUGGAGGCAGUCCCGAACUUGAAGACGGAACACCGGGUUCGAAUUUCCGAUGCCGCUGUAUGUUGGGCUACCUAUCUUACCCACCAUCACUUUUCCGGCACUCCUUCAGGGGAUGAACUUGAAAGGAUGGCAAUGGAUAUACUGAACAGUGGAUGUUUGUUGCUGAAAUCUGAAAUCAAUAGCCGGGCUGAUGAGAAGAGGUUGGGUGAACUGGAGUAUGUUUUUACCCGUUAUAUUGUCGAAUCAACUGAACUACUCAGGGAAAACCCCGAAGAUCCAUGGCUGGUUCGAGUUACCAGGGAAGCUGAUGAAGCAAGAACUGUUUUAACUGAGUUAGCUUCCCUGCCUGCUGAGAUUGAGGAAAUUUAUGAGAAAUCUCAAGGCCAUGAGGAAGUUUUGGCAGUUGAUCGGAGGCAUAUUGGACAGGUGGUGAGCUGGUUGAUUGGCAUUCCUCUUCCAUUGCUGCCAACAUAUGGUUCAACACAACUGUCGUGUUUGGCCAGCCGCCUUUCUGAGAGGUUUGUUUGUCAGGAUGGUGCAAUCGAGGACAUGAACAAGUCGAUCUUUACAAAUGCGCUUCUCCAUCCGGACAGGAAAAAGUGCCCUAGAGCGUCGUUGCUCUUUUUGGGACCCUCUGGGGUUGGCAAAACAGGAAUUGCCAAAUCCAUCGCUGAGGUUUUCUUUGGUUCACAAGACAGUUUGAUAUGCGUAGACAUGUCGCAAUUUGGAGAGCUGCGCCUGCAGCAAGAACAUUCUGGCUUUCAGUCGAUUGCUGAGACCAUUCGUGAAAAUCCGUACCGUCUUAUCCUAUUUGAGAAAAUUGGUAAAUCUAAUCUUGAUGCAAUGAGAACAUUCCUUUUAGAUUUAAUAUCUGGCAAACUGAGUGAUAAAGAUGGCCACCAUGCCAACCUUACCAAUGUGAUUGUUAUCAUAACCUUUGAUGUCAGAGCUAAAAGACUGAGGAGACAAGUCAAGUCUUUUGAGGGAGUUCCUGCGAAAACUAGUGCUAAGGACCGUGCUGUUGAAGAGGAUAAAGGAGCAAAAGCAAUUGAGAGUUGGCUGGAUGAAAAUGUUAUGCCUCAGCUAAACGUUGUUGUUAAGAAGAUGGCCAACAAACAUGGCGUGCCGUGUGCAGUUUACAUCGACACCAUGAUCGGGACAGAAAAACUGUCAUUUAGAUUGGAUGAGACUGAUUUAAUUGAAGAAUGGAUGAACCGGCAUUUCAGGCUGUCAUUCAGGAAUUGUAGAAGUCUUUACCAAAUGAGAAAUGGAACCCUCGAGCUAAGGAACUGUCUCUCAUCACUUCCUGAUCUGACCGAUUAUUCUCAUUUCCAAAGUCAGAAACUCCUUCUGGACAAAGCCCUGCACGCAAUUGAGAUUUGCAACAGAAUAAAUAAAGCUGUUGAGGAUUCAAAUAAACAGAUUCAGAAACUGGAUGAGAAAUGUUUUAAGUCUGAGUUGGUUUACAAGUUGGAUGGAAUCAUGCUUUUGAAUCCUUCGGAGCAGGCUCAAAUUAACACCCUCAGUAUUCCUUUGAAAGAAGAUGGUGUUCUUCCCAAACCAGAUCGAAGAAAGACCGGAAAGCUAAUCUAUAGUCUUUUUAGGGGUAAUGCUGGUUCGACUGAAGGUUCAGAUUUAUGCAAGUUUGAAGAGUCUUCGGUGAGAAACAAUAAAUCAGGGAAAAGCGGCAGAGUAUUGAUCAAACGUUUGUUCUCUAAACUUUUCUAGUACGGUCUCAAUUUCCAUUAUCAAACUACAUUCAACUUAUUAUUAGAUGUAUAUGAUUUCUACUGUUAAAAAUACUGAGAGUUUUAUGUGUAUUAAUAUAUAGCCCCUGUGAACAAGCGAAGAAUGUUUACAAGCCGUUGUAUUCUAAUUUUCUUUGAUCGAGC